CUCCAGCAAGGGGAUACACCGACCGAGGGGAGGGGGAGGUGCCAAGCGAAAGUUCACGUGCAACAGAUCUACUCCUCUCCAUACAUGCAAAACUAAUGGGGAAAUUACUCUAGUUCUGCUCGCUUUUAUGUGUCAGUCUGGUUUUUUUUAACCACAAAGCAAGCUGCUGCCUACGCUGAAUGUGGACUAUGUCCAGGGGGCUUUCUCUCAACGUGGAAUAUGACAUAGAAGAGAGUGACAUCCAAGGGAAACUAAAGUGAAGCUGAAGUCUCUCUCUCUCUAGCUAUCUCUUUCUGAGACUCAGGAACGUCGGAAAGCUGAAACCAAAGGGGACAGCAUUGCAAUCCCUCCACCCCCCACUCCCCCCUCUCCUCCCCCAGGAGUACUCACAGCCUCCGGAUACUUUCGCUCCUGUCAGCUGUCCCUCUCAAUCCGAUCCCGGGAAGCCCUGCAACUCCAGCAGCAUGGACUCCACUACAGGGGAACUCAAUGUAACUGACCAGACCCAGGUCACAAACACAGAUGGAGUGGAUAAUGGCUAUUUUGAUGCCAUACUAGGAGCGGUCAUUGCCACGGUCGUCCUGGUCAUCCUGUGUGUGGUGGCUGUGCUGCUGCGGUACAUGUACAGGCACAAGGGCACCUACCACACUAACGAGGCCAAGGGCACCGAGUUUGCCGAGACAGCAGACGCGGCGCUCCGGGGCGACCCAGCACUGCAGGACGCUAUGGACGAGAGCAAGAAAGAGUACUUCAUCUGACCUGGCUGACCAGCACACAGGCUGAAGGAUGCUCCCUGCUGCAAGAGUCCUCUCUUUAAAACGCAUAGAGCAAGAGAAAGGCUAUUCAAGACCACGUGACCCUUUUGUUCAGGGGUCAGAAGUCCAUUUUGACCAGACUGAAGUGUAGAAUUAAAAAAACGACAACAUUUUACAAUGGGAUUUUUUCCCCUGUCUGCUCACAGAAAGAUCUCCUGUUUUUUUGCUGUGAAAAGGACAUGAAGUUAAUGAUGCGAAAAGUGUAGACCAAAGAGAUAAUGCCUUGUAGAGAGACAUUAAUUACAAUGUCCAGUGUUUUGUGGAUGCACAUUACUCAUGAGGUCCUGUAGAGAGAGAGAGAGAGAGAGAGAGAGAGAGAAAUGUUUUCUACCCAAACAGACGCCGGCUACAGCAAGCAUGACAAUAGCAUGAAAGUACUCUCAGAGAAGCAAUGUUGGAAAGAUUUGGAUGUGGCAGGAUGUUGAAUUGGAAUCCAAGUGAGAAGUGUUGAGAAUAUCAAAUGCUCAACCAACACAUCUGGGGUGGUCUGAAAAUAUAAUCUAUUAUGCCCACAAUCAAAAUUCUACUGCCAUUUCAAGCACUAAUAUGUAACUAACACUUAAGUAAGUAACAGAUUUAAAAUUGUAGAUUUCUUUCCUUAGUUUUGUGACACCUCUUAAAGCCAAAUAUUUGUAAUAGAAUUUGAGCAGUGAAAUUUGAUUAUAAUUUCUUCACCUGAACAGAGUAAAGGACACAUUUAAUUGUUCUAACAUUCAGUAAUUGCUAUAUUUGCAAAUGCAUAAAACAUUGUAACAAGAUAAACAUAUUCCAUAUACAUACAAUAAUUUGGCAUAUCAGUUAUAACAGUAUUGAUUACAUAUUGUUAAAUCCAAAGUAUGAAAGUCUGAAGACAGGUCCUGAUAUUGGUCCUAACCCAAUUUGCCUCCUUUAAUGGUGACAGUGUAGGAAUAUAAAUAGAUGUAUCUGAGAACUGACUCACAGUCAUCUGUUGCUGGAGGCAUCAAGCAACAGCAAUUAUCUGAAGUGUUUUUGGAAAUGAACAACGGUGGGGGGUAUAUGUGUAAUGAAUUGUUUUUCAUUAUGCUGGUUGUUUUGUUUGGUUCCACACAAAGGUGUUUGUUUUCAUAGAAAGUCAGUUUCUGAAAACUGAUCUUGUGUUUAUAUUAAGUGUUUAUAUUGUAAUCAAAUUGCAAUCUGUAUCGGCUCUCUCUUUUGGUAAAACCAAAACUGUUUGGGAAAAACUAGAGACAGAGUAGGUUUUGCAUUUAUGGAAUGCUGUGACUAUUGAACAAAAUACUGCUUAGCUCAAGAAAAAUAACCCAAAAUAAAUAACUAUAGCCUAAAUAACCACCUGGAAUGACAUGGUAUAUGUUUGUACAGCUUGUGUGUGAUAAUAACAGGAAAACAGUCUGCAUUUCUAAAACAACUGAACAAACACAAACACAAACAAAACUGAAUUCCAAUCGUGUACUAUAGACUGAGAGGUUGACAGGAUGUUUCAUAUUACUGUACAUCAACCUGACCAAUUUGAUUUUAAUUGUCUUGUCCAUUCAGAUUGUUAUCGUUUGCUUGCCAGAGGGGCUUUGACUCAGGAGCUUGAGCUCUGAAUUGAAGUAAUAUUAUCAAUAUUUCUCAGAUUCUAAGAAGUACCAUGUAACAGCUAACCUCAUGGAACUGCUCAGUGUGUGCUAAUAUUAUAUAGCCUAAAAAAGAGAGCAAGCAACUACAUAAAUGAACGGGCACUAGAUAGGCUAUUUGUGGCAGAACAUUUGCCAUCUUUUAUGAGGCAGGAUAAUAUUAAGAACAUCCUUACAGAUAUCAUAUGAAACUGUAAUUAAUAAUACAGAGUAUUCCCAGCACCUACUUUUUAGUGUAAGGUAAGAAUAUACUAAAGAUAGCCUCGAUUCUACCCACAAGACCCCAAUCAGCAAGAGCCUGGUGUUGGCACACGUCCUCGAUAGAAAAUAAAUUAAAGUCUAUUUAUCACGCAGCCCAUCCGCACAGGCUUGUAAUUCAUUACAAUGACAAAGGCAAUUAUGGCAUAUCAGCUCUGCGAGCGACAGUGUGCACAAUGAGCACCACGCCAUUUCACCUUGCAGCGAUGGCGUGAAUGAAGCUACGCAGAACAGAAAUGCCACACAACAAGUGUUCCUUUCCCAGAUUCUUUUUCCCUCUCCUCUUGGUAACAAUGUAAUACAAUGUCAAACCAUAUCCAAUGCGUUUGAAAAUCAACUUUGAAGAGGAGAGAGGGGAAAAUAGACACACACACACACAGACGACAGAUGAGGAGCUGUUUUUGAUUGCACUAAAAAUGCUAUUAUUGAGUAAGAGUUUGGGACCAUAGACUGGGGCCUUCAGUUUGAUAGAUAUUAUUGGUUUUGUCAAGCAAGUCCCAGACUAACAGAGCAGCGGAAUUAUCAGUUGUCAACAACCCCCCUCCCAACUUGACAACUGAUAAUGGCAUCAAAUUCUAAACAAAGACUUCCAUCUUCAACCCAACAACCUGCAGAUCACAACUAAAAAAGUCAAAGGUGCACAAAUAUAGCAGAAUAAAUAGUUCAAGCAUGAAAAAAGAUCUUAAAUAUUAGAGAUGAGUUAACAAAGAUCUUAAAUAUUAGAGAUGAGUUAACAUUGUUAGCCCAAGUGUGAUGCAUAAUGUGAAUACAGUAUCUCUAUAAUGCCAGAACUCUUCGAUUUCAAAUGACUGAUACCAAAUAUAACAUUCAGUGUGCAUUCUAGUUUGAGCUUUGUGUGUAAUUACAAAACAAUUAUGUCACAACAAAGUGAGAGGCAAUAGGAUUCCAUUCCAACUUUGACAUACACAAAGCAAAUUGAGCGUGUGUUCUCAGACCUUACUUUCAGAGACUGUUCUUAUGGCAACUGUGGGUGCAUUUAGGUAUGCCUACAGUGUAUUAAUCAACAAAUCCAAUCCACUAUGAAAACCCAGCCAGUUAAUAAAAAAACAUCUGAAGGAAGAGGCCAUAACACGGCCAGAGGUUUAGAUGGCAAAAUGAAGUCUGUUGUCAUUACUUUCAACUCAUUAAACACCAUACAAGGGAGUUGUAUACUUGUUGUAAUUGCAAUCUCACUGUGAGAAGAUUGCCCUGUGCAUCUUUUUGACCCUGCUGUAUCAGAAACAAGCAAUUACAACAUCUUACCAUUGCUAUAGAAACCUAUUCAUUCUCAGUUACUUUGUGCAAGACAAGGCAAGCAAGAGAAGAAAAGUUUUAAUGGUGACCAAACGGAAAGUUAACAUAAAAACCCAUUAUUUUUAUAACAUUGUUUGCUUUAAAGAAUGCACUUUACCAAUCUUUGUUUGUGGUGCUAGACCUAUUACAAAAGAUUCCAAACGAAAUACCCAAAGGUAAUGAGGAAGCACAUACAAGUCUUGAAAUUUGACUCAUCUCUGUUUCACCCGUUUAUUUUUGGGCAAGUCAAAAACAAACAAACAUGACACCGUUUCAGCUGCACGCCCAUCAUCAGAAGGGGAAUGUGAGAGAUUUUACAAAACCGUGCAGCAAUGCAAAGCACAAUACAAGUCUACCUCCUGCACAACACAAUGCAAAUAAUUGUGAUAAGUACACUGCAUAAUGCAUUCAUGUUUCAUUAUUUAUGAGGCUGCAUAUUCUGGGCAGGUGUGUAGUUAGUGAUCGAAUUAGCUGUGACGUGCCUCAUGCUUGACAGUGUGGUAUGUUUGCUUCAGACAUUCAUUCCCCUUUAUCCUGACAGAGUGCUUCUUCAUGCAAUCCAUCUUGGUUUUAUAUAACUGUCUAAACAGGCCAUCGCUCUAAUUUGGCAUAUUUACACAGAAGAUGCCAAGUGGGCAUUAAAUGAAAACUAGAUGGUCAACAUUGACCAGCAUAAACCCAGCAAAAUGGUGUCUCACACCUGGAAUUCCUUCAGUUAAAAUGCUACUUUACUUAAGGCAGGUAAACAAAAACAUUCAAGAUGUUCAUUACUUAUUUGUAAUACUUAGAUAGACAAGAAUCUUCAACAUUCAGUAAGUCUUCAGUGUUCUUUAUUGUCCACAGAAGGUCUUUAUAAAAGGAAAAUGAAAAUGUU